GACAUCCAUUAUUCAAUCUUCCAUAAGAUCAAUCGAUACAAACAAGAUCACAGAAUUAGUCAAUCAAUAUGGUAGAAUCAACGCUUAAUCUCUCUCAAAUCGAGAAAGAUCUAAGCAAAAAUGCUCUCAUCAAGGACGCCAUCAUUAUCGAACAAGAUGACGGGGCUAUCAAAGCUUUCAUCACGUUAAAGCCCCUCGUCGACCCCAAAGCCGAAAAUCGGCAAGUGAAGCUCUGGCGCACCAUGUUCGACAAAGGAAUGUACGCAACCAUUAAAAACAAGCCUAGUUCAACCAUUGGUCGCGACUUUACAGGCUGGGUAUGUCAAUACAACAGCAUUCCCCUCGAUAUCGCGGAAAUGAACGAAUGGCUCGACGACACUAUUCAUCAAAUCCUAACGACCCACGGUGAAGACCAUUCUCUCGAUGUUCUGGAGCUGGGAACCGGUUCGGGCAUGAUUCUCUUCAAUCUAAUCCCGAAUUUACGUUGCUAUCAUGGAUUAGAUCCCUCUCCAAACGCGAUUGAUUUCGUGGCUGCUACGGCACGUAGUGUCCCUUCCUUGGAAGGGAAAUUACAUUUAUAUCAAGGCACGGCUCUUGAUUUCCACCUCUUGAAAGAAGCUACUCCUACUUUGGCAAUCAUCAACUCGGUGGCUCAAUAUUUUCCCAGCUCCAAUUACCUUGUGAAUGUUAUUCAAGGACUUCUAGAUCUCAACACCGUAUCCACGAUCUUUUUUGGAGACAUGCGUUCCUUUGCUCUCGAACCCGAAUUUUGUAUCUCAAAAGCCCUUUCCCAGUUUGGUGAGAAUGUCAGUAAAGACGAUCUGAGGAAUGAACUUGGAAAACCACAUUCCGAAUUCCUCGUCGAUCCAGCUUUCUUUACCAGUCUUGUGGAGCGCCUACCUGGGAAGAUUGCGUCCGUGGAGAUUUUGCCGAAACAUAUGAAGGCUAGUAAUGAGUUGGUGCAAUAUCGAUAUUCGGCUGUGAUUCAUGUCAAAGAUUCCCAUUCCCAGGUACCUAUGAUACAGUCACAAGACUGGAUCGAUUUCUCUCAACAAAACCUGAAUCGAGAAUCCCUUUGUUCGCUUCUUAGUACUACUUCGGAGGAUGUUGUUGCGAUAAGUAAUAUUCCUUACAGCAAAACUAUCUUGGAACGCGAAGUUCUCUCUUCCCUUCAAAUAUCUGAUGAGAAACCAGAUUGGCUUUCCAAUGUCCGUGUAAAUAGUCAAAAAAUUCCUUCACUUUCAGCACUUGAUCUUGACCUUAUCGCGGAGGAAACUGGUUUCGAGGUUAAGUCAAGUUGUGCGAGACAGUUUUCCCAAAAGGGAGGCUUGGAUGCUAUUUUUUAUCGGAAUAGUGCUUUAGGGAAGCAGUUUAGAUUCCCGGUUGAUCAUGUGGGGAGGAAAUGGGAGUGUUUCGCUAAUGAGCCGUUGAAGGGGAAGAAGAUUCAAGUAAAGGCGGGAGGGAAUCUCCCACAGGCGGUUUUGGAUGUGUUAAAAACACAAGGGCUUGAGGGGAGGUGUGAUGUUGUGGUUUUGGAGGAGUUGCCGGUUAAAGAAGGAAUGGUGGAUCAUGAGGUGUUGAAGAAGAUGAGGUGAUUGAUCGAUGUACAAUGCAGCUGGAAUGUGGGGUUGUGUUCGAUAGUGACAUGGAUAAAUAUUCUGUGACCAAUAGAUUGACGUCUGUGUGUUUAUAUUUGAGUGUAUAAAAUGAAGAAAGGGAAUAAGUUAACUUAUACCUUCAAAUCCCUUCA